AAGACCGCACAAUUUGUCUUUCAAUCACAUCACCAAACCGACAUCCUUCAUCUACCACGGAGACAUCCUUCUUUCGAGCGAAUAUGACAUCGCUACUCACCAUUCCGCUUGAGCUACUCAUCUCCAUAUCUUCAUUUGUGCCCACCUCAGACCUAGCCUCCCUGCGUCUCACUUGCAAGCAAAUCGAAAAGUCACUUUACGAAUGGUUCUCCGGGGAGUUCUUCACCAAGAAGCAGUUUAUGCUCACCCCUACGAGUCUGCAGGCUUUGAUUGACAUCUCCAAGCACGUUAGCUUCUCAAAGAAACUGACACAUAUCAUCAUUGCCACCGAUGUAUACGAUGAGAUUCCAUUACGAUUCAGAGACAGCCACGCAGCCAUGUGCUAUAUCAAGGGCUACGAAGACCAAAAGGUCCUUUUGAGCACCGGGAUUGACCGCGAAAUGCUCACCGAAGCUUUCCAGAACCUGGUAAACCUUGACACAGUUGGCAUGCGCGAUUUCAACGCUCCUAGCCGAGUUAGGGAUGGCGACCAUGCAAGCUGGAGCUCUUGGGGCGCUACUACCGUGCACAAAAAUACGGGUAUCUCACUUCGGUCUUCUAGUGACCCUAAUUACCUAUCUCACGUCUUUUCGACAAUCAUCCAUGCUCUUGGGAAAGCCAAUCGCACUCCUUCCCACUUCGAAGUGUUACUUCGCCAAAAUGGUCUGCCCGGCACAGCAUUCUUUCUCCCGGAUUUCCUCCAAUCCACGGCUGAGCCAGUGCUACACAAUGUCAAGACUCUGCUCCUGAAUGUCGAUUUAACAUUCCGAUAUCUCCACACUCAUAGCAACGGAGUAAGUGUAGACGCACACGCGGGCCGCGCGAUGCGGCGCUUUCUGGGCUAUACCCCGAAUUUGACCCAUCUCCGCCUGAAUUUCCAGAAGCACUUGGUGGCCAACAACGAGGCCUUCAUGGAAUGGCUAGGUGAACCGCCUCCCGCCUUGAGAUCACAGCCAGUAUCUUUCUUUGAGCCUGCUCCGAUCGCACUGCCAUUCCUAAGGCACUUGGACUUUGGCCAACUGAACGUUCGUCCCGACAUUCUUGUUGCCAUAGUCACCAAGUUCGCCCCGACCCUAGAAGAUAUGAACUUAUGGCGGAUGGGCCUCCAAUCCCGAGCUCCGCCUCCAUUCGGCCACAAGCCUAAUCUUUGGUCAGACUUCUUCGCGAAGCUAUCUAGUAUUCCCCAGCUGGAGCUCAAGCAUUUCAAGGCCGGCAUGCUUCAGCAGGAUUAUAUGUUUGUCAAUUUCAAGGUACAAGAUGAGGAAGCCCGACUGCUCAAGACAAAAGAACACACUGGAAAGCAGAUGGAGAAGUUUCUAAAGGAGCUGGCCAAGCAUGUCACCGUGGCAUGGCCUGCGCCCGUCUUGCAAGAUGAUGACGACGACUCCGAUGAGGACGAGGAGAUGGCUAGCUUCGAUGAUGAAGACGAAGAUGAUGAGGAUGAUGAGGAUGCCGAGGAUGACGAGGAGUAGUAUGACAGGAGACCGAAGCUCUCCUUGCGGGUAGUGUGCGUACUUCGUUGGGUUCUCUAAUCUAGAGACUUCUUUUCAAUUGAGUCUUGCUUUUACGUGGAUACGAUCUGGGUAGUUAUAUAUAGUCCCAGCUUCAAUGAGAACUUGAUAUUUGAGC